GAUGGAGUCGGAGGCUCAAGAUUCUGAACGUUCUGCUGGAGUAAAUGUUAUGAAGGACAUUACCGAAACCUUGAAAAGUACGACAGACAAUUUCAAACGAGCAAACUUACUAAGAGAAACCGCGUUCGUGCUGCACCGAGAAAGUUCCAAAGACUCCGAAGAAUUAGGGUCGUUGUUCCUUGGUGAUGUAUUAGAGAGCUAUAAAGGUUUAGUAACAUCCACCGGAGAAGGAUCUGUGAAUAACUACACGGAUCGCGUCGUCCACUUGCUGAAGAAAUCAAAGAGACCUGUUGACCUGUCUAAGUGGAAAACCACAAUUUGCUCUCGGGGACUUCCGGAGGGAGUCCAUAAUAAAUGCGAAGGCGAAUAUGAAGAUUGCAAACAUAGAGAAGUGUCUGAUGUAGAAUUAGAAAGUUUCCACCUAAACUUUGGAGAUAAAGCGCCUAAACGUAAAUUGGAAGCUGUGGACGCCUUCAAUGAAUGCAAGUCGGGGAGUAAUCAAUUCGCAGAUGAAAUAUUUGAAAAAGAAAGUUUGUCAGUUUCGACUAUCCUUAUGCCCUCGGAAAUUCCACAACGACCCGUGAUAGCUGAUGAUCCGAAGACAACUAAAACCUACCCAAAAGUUCCGCUUGAUUUUCAGCCCAAUAUAGAUUCACCCAUUUAUCCUAGAGAUCGGUCGAAUACAAAUGCCGUAAAGAGUGGUGUGGCCGUUGAACCGCCUCCGCCGACUGUGAGCUCAUUUCGAACUGCUCGUGACGAACUGACACUACAAAAUUUCAGAAAAUAUGGUAAUAAAGCCAGUGUCGAACCAUCUUCCAGCGGUUUCAUAUCCAAUCAAAGGCUAUUUGAGGGGCAAAAUCACCGGCAAUCACCUCCGUCCAAUCAAAACUUCACUUCCACUGGCUACACAGCCCAACAUAAUCAACAGCAGCAAAAAGGUUACCAACACCAGCCAUUGUUCUCCUAUGGAGCAUCCAAGAAAUCUUUGGGGGCACGUCGGACAGUUCAAAGUAAAUUCAUUCCACCCGUCAAAAAUGCUCCUGAAGGGAGUGCAAAUCUUGCAUACGAUGGGCAAACAGCAGGCGAGGGCGAUGAGUUCGUUGUGGCAGAUGAAAGACUGAGGAAUAUCGAGCCUAAGAUGGUGGAACUGAUUAGUAAUGAAAUUAUGUCGAAACUUAAACCGGUUGGUUGGGAUGACAUCGCCGGAUUGGAAUAUGCAAAAUCCACUAUUCAGGAAGCCGUUGUCUGGCCAAUGCUCCGUCCUGAUAUUUUCACUGGCCUCAGAAGGCCACCACGGGGUAUUUUAUUGUUUGGCCCACCAGGUACCGGCAAAACAUUGAUUGGAAAAUGUAUAGCGUCGCAGUCUAACUCUACGUUCUUCAGUAUUAGUGCAUCCUCAUUGACAUCAAAAUGGAUCGGCGAUGGCGAAAAAAUGGUCCGUGCUUUGUUUGCAGUGGCAGCCGUAAAUCAACCCUCGGUCAUUUUCAUAGAUGAAGUUGAUUCGCUUUUAUGUCAGAGAUCAGAGACUGAACAUGAAAGUUCUCGUAGAAUUAAGACAGAAUUUCUGGUUCAACUGGACGGUGCAAUGACAUCUGAAGAAGAACGGAUUUUAAUUGUAGGUGCUACAAAUCGUCCGCAAGAACUGGACGAAGCAGCUCGGCGACGAUUUACCAGAAGACUUUAUAUUCCUCUACCAGAGCAAGAGGCUCGUUUACAAAUAUUGAGAAAUUUAUUGCGUUCCGUACGGCACUCGUUAAGUGAUGCAGAUAUCGAAUCCAUUGGAUUGCUCGCCAAUGGCUAUUCAGGAGCUGACAUGGAGUCCCUUUGUCGAGAAGCUUCAAUGGAGCCAAUUCGUUCAAUACCACCAACAGAAAUAUUGUAUUUUAAUGAAAAUGAGGUGCGACCCAUCGAUUUGAAUGAUUUCCGCAAAGCGUUAAAUCGAAUACGUGCUAGUGUUUCUCAAAGUGAUCUGCAGCAGUACGUGGAUUGGAACGAGAUAUAUGGCUCCGGAGCGAUUUGUUAAUAUAUGAUAUUUUAU